UAAUUCACAUCCCAAUUUCCCAAAACUGGGUUCAGAGUUUCAGAGAGCCAUGAAACCAUAAUCAAACCACAUCACUCCCAAUUCUUCACCAAUCAAUCCCCAAUUCAAUUCCCACAAAACCCAUAUCCAUUUCUACCCAAAUCAACAAUCUUUAUCCCCAAUUUCUCCAAACCCUAACACCCCAACCAAAAUGGAAUUCAACACAAUCAAAAUCAAAUCAACAUUCACCUCACCAUUUGAGAGUUCACCAAGGGCAGAUGAUGAUAACAACUCACCAUUCAGAAAACCACUUAGUUUGUGGCCAGGUAUGUACCAUUCACCUGUAACAGCAGCUUUAUGGGAAACUAGGUCAAAAAUCUUUGAAAGACUUCUUGACCCACCAAAAGAUGCACCCCCACAAAGUGAAUUGCUCACUAAAACACCUUCUCAAAGCAGGACUACCAUUCUUUAUAACUUUUCUACUGAUUAUAUAUUGAGAGAACAGUAUAGGGACCCUUGGAAUGAGGUUAGGAUUGGGAAGUUGCUUGAGGAUCUUGAUGCUUUAGCUGGUACCAUUUCUGUUAAGCAUUGCUCUGAUGAUGAUAGUAUGACGAGGCCCCUAUUGUUGGUUACUGCAUCUGUUGACAAAAUGGUCCUCAAGAAAACGAUUAGCGUUGAUUGUGAUUUGAAAAUGGCUGGUGCCGUUAUAUGGGUCGGACGGUCCUCCAUCGAAGUUCAACUUGAAGUCACACAGUUGACAAACGGUAGCUCUGACAUUAUAGAAACAGUAGCUCUAACAGCUAACUUCAUAUUCGUGGCGCGUGAUUCAAAAACCGGGAAAGCAGCCCCCGUGAACCGACUUUCACCAGAAACCGAUACGGAAAAACUAUUUUACGAAGAAGCGGACGGUAGAAACAAAUUAAGAAGAUUAAAGAAAAUGGAAACAAAAGGGAUCGAAGAGAAAGGAGAAAAAAACCGACUCGAUUCAUUAUUAGCUGAAGGGCGUAUAUUUUGUGAUAUGCCGGCAUUAGCGAAUAGAGAUAGCAUUCUUCUUAGAGAUACCCGGCUCGAAAACUCGUUGAUUUGUCAGCCGCAACAACGGAAUAUUCACGGCCGUAUUUUUGGAGGGUUUUUGAUGCAUCGAGCGUUUGAGUUGGCGUUUUCGACUGCUUAUACUUUUGCUGGAUUAAUGCCGUAUUUUCUUGAAGUUGACCAUGUUGACUUUCUAAGACCCGUGGAUGUUGGUGAUUUCUUACGUUUCAAGUCAUGUGUCCUAUAUACGGAAUUUGAACAUGCGGAACAACCUUUGAUUAACGUUGAAGUUGUUGCACACGUUACAAGGCCCGAACUGAGGUCUAGUGAGGUUUCAAACACGUUCUACUUCACGUUUACUGUCCGUCCUGAGGCAAAAGCCCAUAAUAACGGGUUUAGGAUUCGUAAAGUGGUCCCCGCCACAGAAGAGGAAGCACGCACAAUGUUAGAACGUAUGGAUGCUGAUUCGUUGCUGUCAAAGGAAUGUGUUUAAAUUUCAAACCACCUUAAAAACAUCUAAUAAUGAUAAUAAUCAAGGUUAAGAGGAUAGUAUCUUAAUUUAAACCGAGAAAUGAACUUGUUUCUGGUGUUUGUUGGCUCGGUCCCGAGAACUGUAGUAGGAAAUAAUGUACCAGCUGGCUACCAGUGUUUCGUUUAUUGUCGGUUUAUUUAUUGUUUAAUUUAGUUAAUCACA